AAGUAUCCAUGUCAAAUACCAGACGAUCAUAAUGAGACUCUAUUUCCAGUUGGCAUGAUUUUUCCGGUACUGUCCUGCUUUUCGUUUUUCCACACUUGUUGUUCGACUGCUGCUGCUGGUCUGGUUGUAUUUGUUUUCCUUGUCAUUUGUAUCCUAAAUGUGAUAGCGAACUGUGAUGUGACAUAGCCACUAUUGACUCUCUCACAUCAGCUCAUUGACAGUUUUACAUCAAGAACCAAGCCUUAGUGUGACAUUGUCAUGGCUGGGAACCUAGAAUCAAACUGGGAAAAUCUAUUUAUUUUCUAUGCUAACCUCUCCCCUGUGUACGUGUGUAGUUCUCUGUUAACCAUUUUAGCCCUGUUCUUCACUUGGUGGUUUAGUACAAACAUUGCAAAGGGACAUAAGGUAUGUCAAGACAAUGAAGGAAGACUUAAGUCUUCAAUGAGAACACAAGAGUUCUAUAGAGCAUCAAUAGGAUCAUCAGAAAAUAAUAUGUCCCAAAGAAGAAAAGUACCAACUAACAUACAAGAUGCACCCACCCAAUUAACAUCAGACAAAGUUAGUGAUACUAGUAUGAUGAAGCAUAUUAAGACCAUUAGACAAGCAGAAAUUGAGAAACAGUUGACAGCAGGCUUGUCGGAACAACAGUUAAUAAAUGAGAGAGAGAUGCAAGCCUCGCAGCUAGCAGCUAUUUAUAAACUAUUGAAAGAAAAAGAGGAUAAAUUCCAAAUUAGAUCCAUGGAUGAACUUCAAGAGCAACUGAGACUUUACAAAUCAGAAAGCUAAAUUUGACCAAAUAAAAAUCUGCCCUAAAAGAUCUACCCGGUUUUGUUUUCCACAGAUUCCAGAUUUCAGAACUUCAACAGUGCAGAGAAUAAAUUUAUCUUAAAGGGA